AUGCCACGCUUAGAAUUACUCGCUGAACUCAAAGGACACACCGAUCGUGUAUGGUCAGUUACCUGGUCACCAACUAGUAACAUACUCGCCAGUUGUGGAGGAGAUAAAACUGUUCGUUUAUGGACCCCGACAACCUCAGAACUUUCACAAUGGACCUGUACUAAUGUUCUAGAGGGAGCACACACGAGAACAAUACGAAGUGUCGCGUGGAGUCCUAAUGGACGUCAUUUAGCGACUGGUAGCUUUGACGCCACAGCUGGAAUUUGGGCGCGAGACGAAAAUGGAGAAUAUGAAUGCGUGGCUACAUUAGAGGGACAUGAAAAUGAAACAAAAGCUGUGUCGUGGUCCACGUCUGGUACACUUCUUGCGACCUGUGGGCGUGAUAAAAGUGUCUGGAUAUGGGAAGUGGGGGCCGAUAAUGAUUUCGAAUGUAUUAGUGUGCAACAAGAACACACACAAGAUGCAAAAAUGGUUAUAUGGCAUCCAUCAGAAGAAUUAUUAGCAUCGGCAAGCUACGACGAUACAAUAAAAAUAUGGAAAGAAGAUGAAGAUGAUUGGUAUUGCUCUGAUACGCUGGAAGGACACGAAAGCACUGUUUGGGCAAUUGAUUUCGAUAAAUCUGGUGAUUACUUAGUGUCAGCAUCAGAUGACAAGACACUAAAAUUUUGGAAAAGAUAUUCACCCGACCAAGUAGAUGGUAACAUUGGAAAACAUCGAGUCGACCCAAAAUGGAAAUGCAUGUGCACGUUGAGUGGACAUCACCAACGAUGCAUAUAUUCAGUUUCGUGGUCAAAAGUUCACGGGCUUUUGGCAAGUGGUAGCGCAGAUAAUAUGAUUCGAGUAUUUGAAAGGGUGUCUUCAUCAACAAUUACUAUUCCUGAUAAUACCACUGAUAUUGUUAGUGGUACAAUGAACAAUUUUGAUAAUGCCACUAUUUCUAAUAAUAAUGAUAGCAAUGAUGAUACACUGAACUAUACAGUGGUCGCGUCAAUAUCAUCUGCACAUGGCGUUGCUGAUGUUAAUUGUGUACAAUGGCAUCCAUCUGAAAUACAUGAUAAUUUAUUGGCUAGCGCUGGUGAUGAUGGGAUUGUAAGAAUAUGGAAAUAUUGUAAAGAAUAA